GUUAAAAAUCACAGAACAGAAGAUAAAAAAAUAAAAAUAAAAUAAAAAAUCCACUUGGCAACAAGUCUAUAAAACCAAUAGAAGAGUGUUACACCAUCUUCAAAAUUGAUCAAGAAUUGAAGAGAAAAGUCAUGAAGAUAUUUGGCAGAGAGUGGUUAUUAAUCGCUCUGCUUUUCUUUGUUUCUGGUGUUGUACAGAUCAAUGGAGAAACCAGGGCCUGCACCAGCCCCAACAGCCCAUGCCGUCGUAAGGCGAUAACGUGCCCAAGCGAAUGCCCAGAAUCAAAACCAAGUGACCCAAAAGCUAAAGCUUGCUAUGUCAACUGCAAUUCACCCAUAUGCAAGGCUGAGUGCAGAAACCGCAUACCAAUGUGCGAUGGCCUUGGAGCAGCAUGCUAUGAUCCCCGGUUCAUCGGUGGUGAUGGCAUUGUCUUCUACUUUCACGGCAAAAGCAAUGAGCAUUUCAGCUUGGUUUCCGAUCUCAAUCUCCAAAUCAAUGCCCGUUUCAUUGGCCUAAGGCCAGCAGGCCGAAGCAGGGACUACACAUGGAUUCAAGCACUAGGAAUCCUUCAUGGCACCCACGCUCUCUCUCUUGAGGCCACCAAGUCCGCGACAUGGGAUGAAGAAAUUGAUCAUCUAAAAUUCUCAUACAAUGGGAAGGAACUAGUCAUACCAGAAGGGUAUCCAUUCGAAUGGAUAUCCCCGGAAAAUGACCUCAAAGUAGAGAGAACAUCGAGCAAGAACAGCGUGCUAGUCACUCUCACAGAAAUCGCGGAAGUUUCAGUCAAUGUGGUGCCAGUGAGCGAGGAAGAUGAUAAAAUUCACAACUACCAGAUACCCUCUGAUGACUGCUUUGCUCACUUAGAGGUGCAGUUCAGAUUCUAUGGUCUCUCCUCUAAGGUUGAAGGCGUGCUUGGCCGGACUUACCAGCCGGAUUUCAAGAACCCUGCGAAGCCAGGCGUGGCAAUGCCUGUAGUAGGUGGUGAAGACAAGUACAGAACCACUUCUCUUCUAUCUGCAGAUUGUGGUUCUUGUCUGUUCUCUGGAACUGGAGCUUUGAAACGGGAGGAUUCGAUUGUGAUGGACGUCUAUGGCGCCAUGGACUGCAGUGGUGGAGCCAACAGUGGGAAUGGUAUUGUUUGCAGGAAAUGAUCUCAAC